GGGUUUCCCCCUUCACCACCCCCACUAAAGAUGGGACGACAGAUACAGAUUCACCUGCUUACCCAACUGUGACGGAAAAUCAGCCGAAAAAUGAGGAGACAGAGACUGUUGAGAGUAACGAUAUGAAAAAUGCACACAGUAGUGAUAAGAGUGAAGAAAUAAUGCCAGAAAAGAUGAUUUCUGAUGAUGUGUCUGGCAAAAUUUCCUCUACUGAUCAAAAGUCUCAUGAAGUUAAUGUACCAGCUUCUAAUGAUGAUGGUAAUAAUGGUCAGUCCAUUGGAAAUGAGAAACAAAAUUCAAAUGACCAAGCAGGUGAUCCUACUGUUAAAGAUAGCACGCCACCUAAAAAUGCUGUUACAUCAGAAAAAGUUGACAGUGAAAAGUUUUUGAUAAAACUGAAACAUGACAAGACACCUAAAAGUAAAACCAUUACUCCUCCCAAAAGUACGCCAUCGUCUCUUGGUCAAAGAAGUGGUAGAGCAAGAAAAGGUAGUUUUUCAAAAACACCGCCCCAAAAUAGCCCCGAGCAUGUAUUGGUUGCAGCGCAUGAUACAUUACCUAAGACACCACCCUCUCAAUUGGAAAAUAUGCCGGUUAUUUGUGUUGGAGAGACAGAAGAGAACACUCAGGAUAGCAAAGCAUAUUAUGUGGACACCCCUCCAACUACUGAGUGCUCCCUGCUUGAAAGUAAUGAUUGUAAGAAGUCAGAAACUGAAAAAAAUGAUAAAGUUACUAAAAGACAGCCAGUGGAACUUGGUCUGCUUGACUUUAGUGGUCCCUCACAGCCAGUUAAACUCAACUCACAACCUAAUAAGAAAAUCAUGGAGACCUGCAGGAUGGUAAUUGACAAUCUUGGUUCUUCCAAGUCAGAAGUUUUAAGUGAGAACGAGACUGGGCCAUUGUCUGAUAACCUCUUGGUUGUUGGACGAAGUGUUAACCUUACGAAGGUUCAGAGCAACAAUUCUGACGCUGAAGUUGCCACAAAUACUAUGAAGGAGAUACAUGAAAAACUAAGUCAAAUAGAGGAGCCUGCAUGUUUAAUAGAAAGCACCCAUGAUGUGUGUGGCUCGCCACAGAAGCAGGAAAACGAAAUAUCUGUAAAACUUCAAGGAUCGUCCACAUAUGCUUGCGACACAGACUCGUCAAUCACAAAUUCCACGAACUGUAUACUGAACAGCGAACCAACUUCUAACAAGCUUGUUUCAAAAAAUGAUCCAGUUGUGGUGAAAAUAAAACGUGCAAAUGUAAGAAAUGUUAAGACAAGGAAAGUCGGGGUUUUGCCUGCUUCUCGUACGAUAAAAAAGAAAGGUAGACCUUCCAAAGCUGUGAGACGGACGAGUUAUAAGCUGAAAAUGAAUUUCGCAUCUUCAAGCAAGAAAAAAACGGGAAAAACAAUUAAAACAAUUUCUGAUAGGUUGUUAGAGCAAAAGAAGUUAAGUCAGGUGUCAACUAACUCACAAUCUCAAAUCAGUGAAUCUGUUAAAGAGAUGGAAAAGAAUGUUUUAAGUUCGGUUGAAAAAACAAAGGAUUUUUGCAAUGAAAGUGCAGCAGAUGAUAGAAAUGUUCUAGAAAAUAAAAACAAAAGUUUUCCAAGCACCAGUAGUGAAGAAAUGAUGUGUACGUCUAAUGGUUGGGGAGGCACAAAACUGAAAAUCCGAAUAUGUAGAAGUUCUGAUCAUUCACCAAAAAAAUCUUCCGAUGCUGCUACAAAGAAACAAAACGUUUUAAAUGAGAAGAAAGUUCAACAUUUUUUGAAAGAUAAACCAAUAGAAAACUUACCUACUUCCCCAGCUGUAAUUCCUAACUCCAUGAAACUAACAAGCAAUAGAAAUAAAAUUGCGAAAAAGACAGGACCAUAUUCAAAGAAAACAAAAAUCCCUGUUUCUACUUGUGCAGCUACGGACCUAAUUUCUUCAAGCUGCCCGUUGCCCCAAACAGAUGAUGAAUUCAAGCAAAAUGAUAAAAUAAUUCGUUCAUUUGAGCGCAGUCUGUCUGUAAAUCUUAUUAGGUGUGACAUAGAUACUUUACACUUCACACACCCCAUGCCAAAAGUCGAUCGAAAAAUCCAAAAAGGAAGAAGAACUGGAGUAAAAGUUGAAUCGAAACGUAUUGGAAGUGAGGAUCAUAUUUCCUCAAGUCCUCUCCUCUUCCCACCAUCCCAGGAACAAACAAAUGAAGUUCAGAAGUCGACUGAUCAACAUGAAAAGGAUACAUCCGACAAUAAGAAAGCUAUAGUUAAGGAAAAGAAAGAAGAUAGUUGGAAUAAAAUCGAUACCAACAUGAACAUUGUAAAUGAAAACGCUGGCACUACUACAAAUUCUCAAGAAGAAGAAGAAACCGACCAUUUUCAUCUUCCAGAAAAAAUCAAAAAUUUUCUCUCGUCACUUAACAAGACUCUUCAACUUAGCAAAGAAAUUGAGUUAAGUUUCCCAGCUUUGGUGGCUGAUUUUGAGAAGUGGCGUGAAUAUUGCAUGAAGAUAUCUCAUACUUUGAAACUGGGAGAGGAAACGCAUGAUGAUUCAAAUCAGAACUUAGAAACUUUUACACCAAACAAGGAUCAAGUUAUGUCUGAUGAUAAACAGAGCCAGCCGGUUAUAAAACCAACUGAAAUUGAAAUGGACGAUGAGAUUGACUGUAGUUUGCCUACAGUACGGCACAUACUCAAUGCAAGGGAAAGGACACAAGAAUUGGAUAAUUUAUCCUCAAAAGAAAAAAAUGUUUUUGUAGAGGAACCAAUUCUUAUUGGUGAUAAAGAAGAGGAUCUGGUCAUUAUAGAUGAAGACCAAGGAUUAGAGGAUGGAAACAACACAUAUCUACUUGAUGAUGAUAACACUCCAACAUUGCCAGAGAGUACUGGCCAAUCUUCAGUGUUUCCAGAUCAAAUUCAAGCUUCACCUAUUCAGGCUUCACAAGACAUGCUACCAUGUUCAGCAGGAAGCACUGGUAAUCCUGUGUUUAAAAGAUCCCUGCUCUCACUGAAGCGAAAACGUGUCCUCUCCUCUUCGAGUGAUUCCUGCUCUCCUAAGCAGCCAAAGAGGAAGAGAAUUAUCUGUAAUGAUGAAGAAGGCCAAUCUUCGCAAGAAUUUUCAAACUCAGGAAAAUCUGAAAAUUGUUUUAAUGAACAUUUUGCAUCUCAAGCAUCCGAAAAGUCGAUAGAUAUUGUUAACUCUUCCCUACAAUCUGACCCUGCACAUAAUCUUGAAAGUAACGAAGGUUUAAUGAAAGAUGAACCAAGUAAAGAAGAUGAGAAUAUGGUGGAUAAAGAAGAACAAUCAAUGGAUUUGAAUAAUAGAUUGGAUGAAAAUAUUCCGGACACUCCUGAUUCCCCCUUGACAAAUGACACAUCCGAGAAUGAGGUUGUUAAACUCCAGCCAAACCCAGUUGACAUGGCAACGCAAAUGGAUGAAUGUUUUGAGGAAAUGCACAAUUCCACACCUGCAGAUAUUUUGUCAGAAAUAGAUGAAACUCCAUUUACCUUAUCUCAGAUACCUCCCCCUACUCCACCUCCACCAAUCAACAACCAACCUUCAGUGAGCGCGCCCGGACCUGCCCAAUCAGAUACAAUUUAUGUUGAUGAUCUUUUAAGAAAAAUUUCUGAAUUCACAGAAGAUUAUAAAACAGUUACAAACGACGAUACAGAUGACACCGCGCUACAACUAGACAACUUUUUUAUCGAAGAAAGGACAAAAAAUAAUCAACCUUCUGUACCAAAAGAAUCUGUUAACUUAGAAAAACAUACACCAAUACCCAGGGAGUCAACAGUGUCUACAGAUACAUUAAACACAUCUAAAAAACAGGUCACUGAAAAUGUAAAAGAAAAUGAUAAUAUGACCCCAAUAGAAUCUCCAAAUGGGAGUAAAAAACCUCUGAGACAAUCUAGUUUUUCGGAACCUAUUUCUCCUUUAAAAUUACCAAGUCUUCCAAACAAGUCUACUGCAAGAAAAAAGCGAAACAGUCAAAUAGGGGUCAGCAAACCGGAUGAAAAAAAUUCUAGUUUGACCCCAAGAAGCAACCCACCAGCUGCAGUUUUGACUUCCAAACCUCCAAAACCAACCACGCCAUCAAGGACUCCAAAAGCUUUCGUACAACCAACUUCUUCUGUCAAGAAAUUUCAAAAAAAUCAGAGAUCAACACAACUGAGUGAAUGUACAAACCAGGCAACCCCUAAUACACCAAACAAAGAUAUCAAUUUGAGUGAUGUUUCAAUGACCAUACGUGGAUCAAACAAAAAAUUGGGAAUAAUGACCAGUGGUAUACAAGGCAAGGGACAACAAGUGGUACGAGUUAUUGCAAAAAAAUACGAUGGAAAGUUUUUCAACAAGUUUGUAAAUGGUGAAGUGACUCAUUUGGUUGUGAAGACGGAAAAUACGAGAUGUGAUCGAACACUCAAAUAUCUGCAAGCAAUUGCAAGUCGUUGUUGGAUAGUGAGCAUACUGUGGGUCACUCAGUCAUUGAAACAAAAAAGAUUGCUUCCAGAAAAUGAGUUUGAAGUGAUUGGUGACAAAAUCGAAACAGAUCCGGUUUUAUUUUACGGACCGCGCAGGUCACGAGAAGCACCCAAAGAAUAUAAACUUUUAUCGGAUUAUUUUAUUUGCUGUUACUGUCCAUUCGCUCUUUUCACAGCAGAGGAGCUCAUGGAGUUGUUGAAGUUAUGUGGUGCUCAUGUUACCUCAAGUUUGAAAGACCUUGCAUCUGACAGAAGCAACCAGAAAAAAAUGAUUGUGUUUGACCCGGACGCAUAUACUGACUCACUGCCGAAUUAUAACGAAAUUGCUGCAAGGUAUAACUCUGAAGCUGUAUCGAGUAAUUGGGCAUUAGAAUGCAUUGCUUCAUUUACUGUCCAGCCGACUGCUGUCUAUCCAGUUGAGGAAUUUGAAUCACAACUUAGCUAAACUUUUACAUUAACGUAACAAGCAAAGAAGAUAUUUCAAGACAUAACUAUAGCCUUUUUAACACAGUUUUAUUUACACCUGACAUAAUUUUUUUUUUUUUUUAAAUCUUCAGUUUUAAUUUUUCGUUCUUCUUAGCAGUAUUUAUUUUAUAGUCGUCCGUUUUAAUUCUGUUUUAUUAGUGCUCAAGUCUUUAAGUAGCAGUGUCUUCUGUUCCAACAUAGUAACCGGUUAACUAUAAUUUGACACGAACGUCUUUAUGUUGUUGCUCUCAAUCUUUCUAUGCGUUCGUUUUAUUUUCGUUUUCAAGAUUACGAGCAUAUAAUUACAAACCAGAAUCGGGGCGCUUUAGAUUAAUGUGCGGUUGAAUUUACGAUGCUCUAAUUCUAAUAAAUGCUCAUUCUACUUCUAAACU